UUUAAAUAUUUAGGUUAUAUUGUUUUGAAAAAUAUAUAAGUAAUUUAUUUAUUUGAAAAAUUGUUUAUGGAUUUGAAUUUAUAAUGAAAAAAUCAUUAGCGCGAGUCAAACAACAAUUAGCCGAUCAAUUAAGACCUGGCCGAACUGAUGUGUUAAGUGAAGAAUUACAGGCAGCUGAUAAACGGGUUGAAUAUUUGCGGGAAGUUUUACAAACAUUAAGUAAAGCUUUACCGUUACCUGCAAAUGGAGAUAAACGACCUAAAAAAGGACCUGACUACAAUAUCUAUAAUUUAUUAAAAAAUGAAAAAUUACAAGCUUUUGAUGAAGGCUGUGGUGAAUUAAUUCAACCAAUUUUUUUAAAAUAUUCUGAUAUGUUUUAUAAUUUAGCUGAUGAGUAUGUGAGUUAUGAAUCAGAAGUUGAUCAAAAAGUAGCGACACCAUUACAUAAAUUACUUGAGACUGAUAUAUCGAAACUAAAGAAAAAUUUAAAUAAGUAUGUUAGUGAUCGAGAUUCGGCAAAUAAUCGUUUACAAACUGCCCAAAACAGGCAUUAUGAAAUGCCUAAUAAACAUCAUGUUGAUCAAAGUAAGUUAUCCUCUCUACAAGAUGAUUUAGAAGAAGCUGGACAAAAGGUUGAACAAGCAUCGGAUCAACUGGCGCACGAUAUGUUUACGCUAUUAUCUAAAGAGCCUGAAAUAUCCAAUUAUAUUUUAUUACACAUCAAAUUACGUCGACAAUAUUAUGAAAAUGCUCUGGAUGUGAUGAAUCGAUUAAUACCUGACAUCGAAAAUUUAAUAAAUAAUAGUGAAGUACGACCUGUAUUCAAUUGCCCGCUAGCCGAUCAUUUACGUGUGACGAAACGUAAAAUAGCACUUCCAAUCGAAUUAUGCGUAUGUGCAAUUAUGGAACAUGGAAUAGCCGAGGAAGGUUUAUUUCGAGUAGCUGGCGGUGCUUCGAAAUUACGACGUUUAAAAUUGUCAAUUGAUGCCAAUUGUUUAACACUCCCAUUACCACCUGAAUAUAAAGAUAUUCAUUUAUUCGCGGGUGUAUUGAAAUCAUAUUUGCGAGAAUUGCCAGAACCAUUGUUAACAUUUAAUCUGCAUGGUGACUGGAUUCAUGCUGGUCGAAUUACUAACGAAGAAAAACGUAUAAUAGCGAUCAAAGACGUAUUAUCGAACUUACCUCAAGAAAAUUAUGACAAUCUAAAAUACUUAAUCAAAUUUUUAUCUGAAUUAUCAAAAAAUUCACAAAAUAAAAUGUCCUCACAUAACAUCGCAAUUGUGAUGUCACCAAAUCUUCUUUGGGGCCGACAAGAACCCGAUUUGGACGAAGUUUGUUUCACAAGUGUAGCUGUUGAUACUUUAGUAACACACGCAGAUUUAUUUUUCCCCGGUGAAACUGAAUUUUAUUUAACAUAUAAAUCGGGUGAAAUUUUUCGACCCGAUUUUUCAAAUAAAAUUUACACUCAUACUAGAAAUAGUAGUAACGAUACCAAUGUUAUAAUAUUAGAUCAUGAAACAACAGGUGCUAAUUAUUCAGUGGAAAAUUCAAGCCCAAAACCGGUAACUCGCAGAAAAAAUAAACCUGCUCCCGAGCCUCCGAAAAUUGAUGUUGUUCCUUCAAAUGAAACGAGUAAAAUAGAAAAACCCCCACGUGCAAUUGUAUCUGGAACUGCAACUGUUAAUCGUUCGACGUAUAAAAAAGAGAAACAAGAUAUUGAUUCGAAAAAUGACGAUGACGUAAAUGUACAGUCUAUGAAUGUUCGUCGUAAAAGUUUAGAUAUUGAUCGUGAAAUGCCACAAUCACCGAAGUCAAAUCAAGUAAAAAAAGAGCAUCACACUACAUUUAGUAAAGAAGAUAUAAGCGAACCUACUUUAAUAUCAAAUACAGCUACAACACCAGUCAAAGAUCUGACUGAUCCUUCAACCAAAUUCUUUGAGAGUAACCAUGCUACUAGCGCCAAUGUAAACCAAAUAAAUGCACAAACAGUUACAGCGGGAAAAAUUACAGUAGUUUCUGAAAAUUUACAAACGAAAUCAUGUGUACAACGUCCUACAUGUAGACCACCGCCAGUAGCUGCGCCUAGAUUAUCUUUAGCUGAACAAAAUAAAGCAAUGGCCAAAGGAAACGAGAAUAAAAUGACGAAAUCUUUGAACGAAGUAGAAUUGCGUGGUUGUUCGGAAACUGUAGAAUUGCGGCGACCAGCAAAUAGAGAUGAAAUUUAUUCAACUUUAGAACGUGGGAAUAAACCUACGAUACCAGAACGUCCAGCAUCAUUAAGACCAGCUAGUUUUCGAUUAAAUCGUCCACCAGUUAGUGUAGGGGAUACCUCAGUUAACAAUGAAUUAAAUUCGGGGGUAUUAGAAAGAACUGUGAUGUACAAUGUGCCAGAUAAACAGCAAGUAUCGUUUGUACAAUUCAAAGAUAGAAUGCCGCCGGGUCAUGACACACAAAUAGCGGAAAAAGAAAAAUUUUUAGGUCAUCAACCAGCUGUAAAUGAUAAUUUUAAUUCGCAAUUUUUAUCGUUACGGUUAGAGAAAAAUGGUCCUGAGCAUGAAUCAACAGAUGAUUUACAACGUAGUACGGAUGAUUUAUCGACAAAUUCAUUGCAAAGACGACGAUCUGUAGGUGCAAAACCCAUUCGUCCUCCAAAACCAGAUAUAGCGAAAUCAACUGAACGUCUUAAUUUACUUGCGAAAUCAAAUGAAAGGUUAAAUAAUGUCACUACUACAAUAGUAUUAAGUGAAGUUAAUAAUUCGAUUACUGAUGCAAAACCUAGUCAUGGACGAACUAUGUCUGAAGGGAACAUUGUAGAUUCACCGUCUAACACCAUAUCGACCUCUUCAACAGAUCAACAAGGCAAUUCAAUUACUGCUCCUGGAUUAUCUAGUAUCACACAUCGACCAUCAUCACCAAAACAUGCAAAUCCAUCAAGGCCUCCUAGGCCGCAACCUCCGCCGCCUCCGCCUCCAACUAUAGCUAAGCAAAAAACGUCUGAGAGUACAGAUUUAUAAUAAUUUAAGUGAGAUAGGCCUAAGAAAAAUUUAAAUGAAAAUAGAUGAAUCAAA